AGCUCUCUAGACUCCGGGAAAACAUAGCGAAAUGGGAGAUCAUCGACAACAAUUGAGCAAUUUAAUCAAAUGGUUGGGUACAUUCGAUCUUCAAGCGCCGCAUAACUCUGCAGAGGAUAUAAGUGACGGGGUUGCCCUGGCGGAAGCCUUGGCCCAGAUUGCACCAGAGUGGUUCACAGCGGUAUGGAAGGCGAAGAUCAAGAUUGACGUGGGUGCCAAUUGGCGUCUUAGAGUAAGCAACAUGAAGAAGAUUGUGGAGGCUGUGAUGGAAUAUUACUUGGAGUGUUUGAAUCAGCAAUUGUCAGGCUAUGUCAAACCAGAUGCGAUCAAGAUCGGCGAGCAUUGCGACAGCGACGAGCUGCGUCGUUUAUUACAGCUGAUUCUUGGCUGUGCUGUCAAUUGUGAUCAGAAGCAACAGUACAUCACCAAAAUAAUGGGUAUGGAGGAAACUGUACAGCAGGCAAUAAUGCAGAGUAUCCAGGAGCUUGAGAGCAGCGUGCAUGGACCCAGAUUGAGCCUGCGUACCAGCUUGAACUUUGAAUUGGAUGUGGCCGAUGGUGCUCAACAGAGACUUUAUGCUGAACUCCAGGCGACAGCGGAUAUGAAGGAUCAACUAGCGCAGAAGUGUCACGAGCUUGAUCAACAGCUUUCUUUGUUACAGGAGGAAAAGGCUGCAUUGAUUGCGGAGAAUAAAAAAUUGCAGGAGCAACUGGACGAGUUUGAGAACCCAGAGGAGUCUGGCUCUAUAUCGAAAUAUUCUGGGCUACGGAAACAAGUGGAAGCAUUAAAGGACGAAUUGUUUAAGAUGGAAACAUCCAGGGAUGAUUACAGAUUAAAGGCAGAAUUGUUGGAAAAGGAAGUGUUGGAGUUACAGUCGAGACAAGAAGAUUUGCAAAAAACAGCUGACGAAGCAAAUCAGCUGAAAGACGAAGUCGAUGCCUUGAGGGAAACUGUAGAUAAAGUAGCAAAAUAUGAAAUCAUGAUAGAAUCGUACAAGAAGAAGAUGGAGGAUUUGAGCGAUCUUAAGAGGCAGCUGAAGAUAUCGGAAGAUAAGAAUGUCGAAUAUUUACAAGCCAAAUUGGACUACGAAGAAGAAGUAAAGCGUACGAUGAUGUUGCGUAAUCAUUUGGAGGCGUGCAAACAGCAACUCACGGAAAUUCAUCAUAGGCUGGAUGAGCAGAGCAACAAAUACGACCGACUGGAAUUUGAGGGUAAAAAGAUGGAAGCCAAGUUGGGUACUUUGCAGAGGGAGAGGGAUCGAUUAAUCAUCGAAAGGGAUGCCCUGAAGGAGACGAAUGAGGAGUUGAAGUGCACGCAAUUGCAAACUGCCGAGAACAUGGCGAAACCCAGUGCUGAUAGUACUGGUGUUGCCGGGACGGAGAUGGUUCCGCUCGAGAUUAAGGAGAAAUUGCUCUGCUUACAACUGGAGAACAAGAUGCUGAAGAUGAAGCAGACAGGUAACGAGGACAAGUUACCGAGUGUGCAAGCGUUGCUGGAGGAUUCUGAGGAACGUUUAAACACAUUGCGAGGGCAAAAUCGCAAGGCGAAUCAGAGGAUAAUGGAAUUAGAGACCAAAUUGGAGGAGGUCAUGGGUACUCAAGCCAGCGACGACAAUAAGAACGACAACGCGGGUUUGAAUCAGAAAAUGUCGCAGCUGCAGGACGAACUGCGAAAAAUACAGUCCGAAAGGGAACGGCUGACCAUACAACUCGAGGAACGCGAGAGCGCUCUGCAAGCACAAAAGCAGAAAGCCUUCGCUAUUCAGGAGAAACUGACACGGAAGGAGUACGAAAACGCUGCUCUCGAGGAACGCUAUAAGAAGUACAUUGAAAAAGCCAAGAGUGUUAUAAAGAGUCUGGACCCGAAACAGAGUAAUUCUUCACCGAGCGAGGUCGUUGUGCUGCGCAAUCAAUUGCUAGAACAGCGCAAGAUGAUUGAGGACAUGGAGCGCUCCAUGAAAGAAUCCAGAUUGUUGCGAGAGAUGGAAGAGAAGCUAAUGGUGACUGCUUUUCAUAAAUUAGGCCUGAAUUGCCACAGAGAGGUAAUAGAUCAACGGCUCGCGGCGCUUAGUUCAGGACAGGGUCAAUCCUUCUUAGCCAGACAAAGGCAACCUUCGGCAAGACGCUAUCCACCUUACAACUCAAAAUGAGAAGAGCGAGUCGAUUUCAUAUUUAAGUAUUGCAAAGAAGUAAUAAAAUGGUAUUUGAUUAUUUGAGGUAAUUAAUUAUAAUUAUAAUUAUUAUCAUUAGUAAUAAUAUGAUAAAUGUGAUACUGCAUACACACACACACACAUGUUGAACUUUAAUUUAAUAGUCAAAUUUAUUAAAUAACGAUGACUAUGAGUAGCAUGAUUAAUAUCUAUUAUCAUAACAUAAUAAUAUUGAGAUAUCACAUUUAUUUUUUUAUUAUAAUUAUCAGAAUUGACUUUUUAUAUUUUUUUCCGAUAUAGAUGCAAUGAAAUAAUUCGAAACAAAGACAAAAAAAAACCAAGAAUUAGACACAUUUACUUCUUAAUAAAAAAAAGAAUAAUUCAUAUAAAGUCUCAUAUAGAGAAAGAAUUUACGAUAUAAACAACAUCUUGCAAAUGAAGGAGAUUUAGUUCAUUUCAUAGACAUUUAUUUAAAUCAUUCGUAGAUGUGUAUAUCCAGCCAAUUUUUCUGUCUUCCUGUAAAAUUAUCAAACAGAUAUAUAAUUCCAAUAUUUUAUUUCAUAAUUUCGAUUAUCAGCCAAACAUUUAUAAUGUUUUUCUGGCUAUUAGAGAUGUGCCAAUAUAUAUGUUCCUGUAUCUUUAAUAAGUACGUAAGUAAAAAAAUAGUUGCACAUGAAUAUCUCCAUCAGCUAGAAAAACGAAUUAAAUUCACAUAUUUUAAAAUUGUAUCGCAAUCUAUAUCGGAAAUGUUUAUCGUUAUACUUAUCUUAUUUGAAUUGAGCUCAAAAAAAAAAAAAUUAAAUAAAUAAA